AGUCACCUGUAGAUGUAGGCUAGGCUGCGUUCACACAAAGAGUAGAUGUAGAGCGAGAGAACACUCUGCGGUGACUUGUGUCUUUGUUUAAUCUGCUGCAGUAGGAGGAGUGGACGCGAAGGAACAUUUUCGGCUAAAAUAUUUUGUCCAAUCCGUACAAUGAGCUCUAAGUUAUUACACGGGUACAAUUCAGGAAGGUUGUCAAUGCAAUUUUAUUUUAGCAACAUUUCUAUGUCUCAUACGUUGUCGUAUAAACACCCUAUGCAGUCGAAAAACACACACAUGCAGUUAUGUUUUGUGAGCUAUGCAUUAACGUUAGACUGCUCCGUUACUUUUAGCCCUAAUUGAAUGGAUUGCAUAUCUUCAUUAUUCUACGACUGCAGUGCUAUUUGGGAACAACUGCCAUUUUAGACUGAGAACUCGUUUGACUGUAACACCCGCCGCUCGUCUCGCCGCCACCGUCGUCUAGACUGUAUAAAAACCCACCAGUGGAUGCAGGCGAAAAAAUAUGGUCACGGGAACAAAUAACUAUUGUCCGCGAUUGCGCAUGCUCUUUAAUCUGUUGCUACUCAGUUGUUGUAGUUACCAGGAAGAUUAACCGCGAUGAUCAACUGGCCCUGGUGAUACCAGCUAGCCGUUAGCAGGCUCUCAGAAAUAAAGGUGCCAUGGUAAAACCUAGACACCUGAUCCCAGGAAGAUUUCGCCGGGCAGCUCGUCCCCUUUUACUGUAAGAUGCCAGCUGUCAUCCGGGAUAAGGAGGACUCUGAAUCCUCCUCAGAUGACGAGCAAGAAGACCAUCCCUGCAUUGCCUGGAGCGGCCUUAGCAAGACCAUCCCAGUUCUCUUGUUUUUCCCCGAAGCUGCUGUUUCAAAAGAUGGGAAUAUCUGCUGUAUUGGAGAACGAUAUAAAUUGGCCUUCAAGAUUGUGCGCACAGAGAGCCGCCUGGUACGAGGAAUACUCACCAAUCACGGAUUCCAUGAGGUUCACCCAAAUAGUGUUGACUUUAACCUCAUGUGGACAGGAUCUCACCUCAAGCCUUACGUACUGCGGAGUCUUCAAGACUUCCAGAAGGUCAACCACUUUCCCAGGUCAUAUGAAUUGACGCGCAAAGACCGCCUGUAUAAAAACAUCCAGCGAAUGCAGCAGACUCAUGGCUUCAAAAACUUCCAUAUCGUUCCUCAGACCUUUGUGCUUCCGUCUGAGUUCCAGGAAUUCUGCAAUUGUUUUGCCAAGGACAAGGGCCCAUGGAUUAUUAAACCAGUAGCGUCUUCAAGAGGCCGAGGCAUCUACUUGGUCAGCAAUCCAAAUCAGAUUUCAAUGGAUGAAAACAUCUUGGUGUCACGUUAUAUUAAUAACCCACUACUGAUUGAUGAGUUCAAGUUUGAUGUGCGGCUGUACGUGUUGGUCACUUCAUACGAUCCACUCCUCAUCUAUGUGUAUGAGGAGGGCCUGGCCAGAUUUGCCACAGUCAAGUACGACCUGACUUCAAAGAACAUAAAGAACACGUUCAUGCAUCUCACUAACUACAGCGUGAACAAAAAGAGCAGCGAUUAUGUCAGUUGCGAUGACCCUGAAGUUGAGGAUUAUGGGAACAAGUGGAGUAUGAGCGCAGUGUUGAGGUAUUUGAAGCAGGAGGGGAAGGACACCACAUUGCUGAUGAGACAGGUGGAGGACCUCAUCAUCAAAGCUGUACUGAGUGCUGAACUACAGAUAGCCACCGCCUGCAAGAUGUUUGUUCCGCACAAGACAAAUUGCUUUGAACUGUAUGGUUUUGAUGUGCUCAUUGACUCCAACCUCAAACCCUGGUUGUUAGAGGUGAACCUUUCUCCCUCCCUGGCCUGUGAUGCGCCCUUGGAUCUGAAGAUAAAGGCCAGCAUGAUUGCGGACAUGUUUUCACUUGUGGGCUUUGUAUGUCAGGACCCCCUAGCGAGACAGGCCCGCUCUGACCGAGUCACCCUGGACCCCAGCCUCAAGCCCCCAGCAGCCCAAAGAACACAGAAACCUCUUUCUGUACCGACAGCCCCAGCACACAGCAGAGUGCGCCAGAGACCCGCAUCAGCCAGUAACUCAGAAACAGAGGCGUCGAAAGACAAGCUAGGAUCUAAACAAGCUCAAGGAGACAGCACCCUGAGCUUGACUGCUGAGGAGAUCAAAGUGCUGAGGAGGAUAAAGGAGGAGCAUGACAGACGAGGAGGCUUCAUUAGGAUCUUCCCAACCGCAGAAACAUGGGAGCUCUAUGGUGGAUAUCUGGAGUCCAAGACAUCAAUGAACUAUAUGCUGGCAAGCAGACUUUUCCAUGGAAGGAAUGCGAACGGGAAUGUGCAGCUGCAGGUGGACGCCGUCCACAGCUGUCACAUUGUCCAGUAUGAGAGGAAGCUGCUGUCUCUGGAGGCACGUAAGCGGAGACAGCGCCACCUGACUCAUCGCUCUGCUGCAGGGAAGAAGAAGCUGGGGAAGGAAUCCAAGUCCUCCUUGACUGCAAACAGCCAUCAGGAGGGAGAGGAGUGCGCUCAGGAGGAAAGCAAGGAGGCGAAACAAGUUCUUGAGCCAGUCUCACACAAGGCUUUGGUAGUAGAGCAAAGAAAACAAGUGGCCACACCAUUGGAGCGCUGCCACAGUGAGGCUCUGUCCAGUUCAGAGGCGGCCAUGCAGGAUGCCAGGCCCGGAGUCAACCUGCUCAUGAACAUCCUUCAGCAGGGGUGGGACCUCAGUAAAGUGCAGGCCAGGAUGGCCUUUUCCUCAUACUUGCAGCGAGUCCAGCAAAGACUGGUGGCAGAGAGCAGGACUAACACCAUCCCAGCUUGGCCAGACAAGGACGACGACCAAAUGGAGCUGGUGAUUCGCUUCCUGAGAAGAGCAGCCAGUAACCUUCAGCAAGACAUAAAGGUGGUCUUGCCCAGUCGCCAGCUACCACUCCAAGACCGCAGGCGCAUCCUGUCCCAGCAGCUAGGGGAGUUUAUCCGCUGUUACAACAAGGAAACCGAACAUAUGGUGAAAAAACAGGAGAAUAGCAAAGACGAGCAUUGUGUUAACCCCAGUGUGUUUCAGGAGUACAUCACUGCGGCGAGUGAAAACGAUCUGGAAGAAGUACUGACGUUCUACACACAGAAAAAUAAAUCAGCCACCGUCUUCCUGGGAACAAAAGUCAGGAGUGUUAAGAAAGACGUCCAUGAAGUAAAUGCCUCAGGAGAUUCAGGCAACUGUGAUAAUUCCAAAACUCUGCCUGUGGCCAAAAACGAUUCCAGCGCUUCAGAGUCUUCACUCUCCACAGGGAAAGUCAGCAGUGACCCAGACAUUGAGGCCACUGAGAGUCAGCCUUCUGUCCGUGCUUUGCCUGAAGACCAACAGGCAGCAGUUAGAACUGGUAAAACCCAGCCGGAGGUCCAGGCCUCCCAGCACUGCUCCAGCUUUCCUGUAACUUUAGACUGCACACACAUUCAUCUGCAGCACUGCUCUACCGGACCGACGUCCCUGCCUCUCCAUUGUCCGCCACCGCCGCCACCUCCUCAGCCACCGUCCUACGCACAGUCCCUGGCAAAGUCUCAGUUCGGCCAUUCUGAGACUCAUUCUGACCCUCCUGCAUACACCUCUGCCGUCGUGGUCACACAGCCCCUGAGAGCAACGUGGACAGCUGUGUCCACCGGCUCUAACACAGUCUGUACUGGACAACCAUCCCAGGUGCUCAGGAGGAUUCAGUCCUUUACCUUGUCGACGCCCAGCUCUGGAGCACCCUCUUCCAUCCCGAGUGCCACGCACAUCUACAGCCAGAAGCUCUCUAGACCCACCUCUGCAGGCCAAGUGACCAGGAGGAGCAGCUCCAGUAAGCUGAAGUCAAACUCAGUGGAGACAUUCAAGGAGUUAAACUCCCUGUCUGCGCAAGCCCAGUCUAACCAGCAGGCCUUCAUCUCAGCCCUGCAAAAGCUGGCUGACAAGCAGGUUGCUUGCCACUAUGCCAGUUCCAGUCACAUCAACCUGCUGACACAACACUUGACCAACCUGAACCUGGCGAACAGGAUGCUGAGCAGAGAAAGCUUCACACUGAACCCUAAAGUGCGGCAUACUGCUGCUACAACCCAAGGGCCAGUGAAAGCUGUUCACUCUGGAACAGAUCUAUGUAGCAGCACUGGCCACAGGACGCUGAAGGACGAGGAGGGUCUUUGGAAUGGGCAGAUGCAGAGUGCCUAUAGCUUGGUAACAGGGGUGAACCCCCAGCAGUGCUACCAGCCCACCCAAGGAAGCUACCAACUUCAGUUUGCUAUCCAGAAGCUGCAACAGCAAAGACUUCAGUCUCGACAAUUUCUGGACCAGAGCCAUUGCCGACACCAGGCUCAAUUUCCUGAUCCCACAAACUCAUCCAGCUGCCCACUGCCCUUUCAUGUUCGGCCUAACCACAGUCAUGGCCACAGCCACAUCCAAACCUGUGUUAGUCCUGUUCUCGCCCCAAAGCCGCCCAGCAAUGCCAGAGAAGGACAGAUCAGAAAAACGGCAACAAAGCGCUUCAUCAAGCAGGCGUCCACAGAGAGUUCAGCCAGUGGGAGUGUAUCCAGCGGCCAGCAUACGGUCCAUGAAGCCAUCCGGCCAACAGGUCUUUCUGUAUACCACAAGCUGUUCCAGGGUCAGGAGCCCGGUCACAGAUGACAUGAAGGCACCCAGAGGCACAUCCUGCCCCUCUGUCAGCCUGACAGGUGUCUCUGCAUGUAACUACAUCCUCACAGAGGUGUAUUCUGGGAAGGGACAACGGCAACAGAUGAAAGCAUGCCAGACAUCGAACAGGGCCCUAUUAACUUCUCUGUGAUACAGCCACAGACAUGCAAGAGGAUAGUCUGUGAGUCCAGGAAUGCCCAGCUUUGACGCAGGUUGGGAUUUUGUUGCGCAGCUCAACAUCAGUUGGCCUUUUCAGCUCCCCCCACCUCCCCUUUAUCCCCCUUGGCUACAUUCAGUCUAUAUCCCAACAGUUGUCCGCCCUCAUUCUUGCCAUGGUACUGAUGCCACAGAAAGAUUUCACUGACAGAUAGCUUUCAGCAGAUGGUUCUUCAAGCCCCAGUGGCAUUUUAACUACAGGAUUCAACGUUUUGUUCAUGCAGUGGCAUGUGCACUGCUAACCAUUCAUGUACAUUUUUUCUUCCUAAAAAGUUAUACAAACAGGCGAGGUGAGGUGAGGUGAUGGGACUUUAGAAAAAAAAUUUGUUUGAUUUAAUUUGAUUGUUUGAACAGUAUUGUAUAGGUUGUAUGAGCAGCUUCAUAUCUUGCUGCAAUGAAUGGUGAGCAUGCAGAGACGUUCCUUUCAUGUGUAGCUUCGAGCAUUAAGACAGUCCAACCCCCGGCCCUUAUGGCAAGACAACUUGCUGCCAAAACAGACUCUAUGGUCAUCGCCUAAGGAUGUGUUAAAGUAUAGAAUUCUUUGCUUGUAGGUGUGAGCUUAAAUAUGAUUGGUUGCUGCCUUGUUCCCUGUUUACAAGGACAAUGUAACACUGUUGCCGGGUUUUAUAUCAAGAAUUUAGUAAGCUUCUGAUUAUUCCUAUAAACUGUUGACUUGUUGAUGUUGAGUUUCUUGGAUGGACCAAAUUUAAUAUUAUUAUGAAGUAAAUUAUUGUUAUUGCAUCAGUAGUUUUUAUUUACUGUACAUUGUCCACUAUUGGCCUUUUUGGCCAUUUAUGUAGCUCAAAGCAUAACAUAAAGAGGAAUAAUGGUUAUGCAUGAACAUUCCUACAAUGAAGGUUAAUGCUGCACCAGCAGACCAAUAUCCUUAGGGAUAUUCUGUUGCUUGGGACCAUUUAGUGAGUUCUCUCAGGGCGUGUUCAUACAAUAAAGCAUCUCUGUUAUAUAUCAAUAGAUUGAGCCUAUGUUUAUGAUGACUUUGUCAGAAAUACUUGAAUUUCAUGCAUGUCUUUGUCACGUCAACUGAUUAUCAUCAGAGUGAUUUUGCACAGAUCAUAGUUUUUGAUGCAGUACAACAGAAAUGAUUUUAAUACACUUGAUUGUGUUUUUGUGUAGUAAUCGAUGUUAAACUUCAUGUUGUGGAUUUACUGCUGUUAAACAAGCACAUGCUAUAUUACAAGAAUCCAACUGUAGGCUCCAAUUCAAUGUGUAUAUUCUCCUGUGGUGAUACAAAGUUGUUUACAGUCUUAUCAUUUAAUCUGUUUUGCUGUUUGUUUACAACACACAUGCAUGGAAAUGUAAUGUUUUUAGAAUCAUCCAGGCAGUCUGUGUCAAACAACAUUGAAAUGAAUACCUAGAAAACAUUAAAACAUGCUGCUUAUGUCA